AUGGCCUCCGAUUCGGGCACUCCUCCCCCGCCUCGGGAGCCGACCCCGAGCGGCUCCCUCUCUGCUUCGAAUGCGAUCCCGUUGAAGCGCCCUGCGCUUGAAGAGGAUUUCAGUCCUUCCGUACCCUCCCCUCUCAAUCCAGAAGUUCGAUCUACACCGAAACCUCAAGGCACCGACGAUAUGCCUGCCAAGCGCAACAAGAAGGAGUCGCUGAAGAAGCGCGAGUCCAAGGGCGCCUUCGGCGGCGACAGCAACCGUGGCACGCCGGACCCCAAGCAUCGCGAACCUACUCAGAGCGACUACAGUCCGAUGCGCUACAAGCUGGCGCCUCCUAAGCCUUCCGACUUUGAGCCCGCACGUCCUCCUGUUUUCAUACACCACCAUGAUGUUCCUGCCCUGGAUGGCCGCAAGAUCCAGUUCUACGAGACUUCGGAGCACGUUCAUAACAAGAAGAGCUACCACUACACACACUGUAUCGCUGAUCCCGGAUUUCCCUCAUCGCUCUAUUACCGCGGUACCGAGGCAGAGCCCCACGGCCCUCACCUGAGCUUUGAGGAUAGCGCAACCCAUUUGUUCUUCGACCAGACGGGUCGUCACAUCACAACCAACAAGGGCUUCCGUAUGACGCGCGCCAAUGUGGCGAUCCGAGAGGGACGUUUCUACUGGGAGGUCAAGAUCACGAGGGGCAUCGUGGACAAGAAGAAUGCAGAGGGACAGCCCGAGUCGCACGGCCACGUGCGCAUGGGCUUCGCGAGAAGAGAGGCGUCGCUUGACGCGCCCGUCGGCUUCGACGCCUACAGCUACGGAUUCCGCGACGUCGGCGGCGAGAAGGUCUACAUGUCGCGCCCGAAACCCUUUUUCCCAGAAGGAGAAGGCAUCCGCGAGGGCGACGUCAUCGGUUUGGAGAUCCAGCUCCCGUCGGAACGUCUGCAACGGAAGGUCUUGGCUGGUCAGUACAACCCGGCAGUGGACACUGGUCUGGACGACGACAGCGCGGCGUUUGAUGCGCCAAAUAUCGUCCGCGACCGUAUUCCCAUUCGCUUCAAGCAGCACAUCUACUUUGAAAAGAUCGACUACCAUACCACCAAGGAGCUCGAGGAUCUCAUGAACCCCUCUCCUGUCUCCUCCGGCCCCGCCAACUCGGUCGAGGCGCCGAACCCUAAUCAUCCUGUUCCGGCCCUUCGCACUCUCCCCGGAUCCCAUAUCAAAGUGUACAAGAACGGCGUUCCUAUGGGAACCGCAUUCACCGAUCUCCUCGCCUUCCUGCCCCCCGCCUCCAAGCCGCAGGCGCAGAUCGGUGCUCGCGAGGGCCUCGACAACGGCAUGCUCGGUUAUUACCCCGCCGUGAGCGUAUUCAGAGGCGGCGCCGCAGAGGUCAACUUUGGUCCAGACUUUUGGUUCCCGCCUCCCGGCAUGGUCGAGGACCCCGAGAACGAGGUCUCUAUGGUCGACGUCGACCAGGCCGAGCCCAAGGCGCCAUCGGCGUUCGCAUACCCCGGUCUGGAUAAGAUCCGUCCUGUUUCCGAACGCUACACUGAGCAGGUCGUCGAGGACAUUGUCUACGACAUCAUUGACGAGGUCGACUUCUGGAUCCAGGACGGCUGUAAGGUCAUUGACCGCUUCGGCCAAGGCGAGAAGGCCGGCCAGACAGGCAAUCUUGCAGCUGGCGGGCGCGACGAGAUCAAGGAGCUGGUCCAGGAUGAUUGA